AAAUCUCAAACUUAUAUCGUCAUCGCUGCUGCCGAUGCAUCGACUUCUUCGCUAAUAUCGUACAGAUACAAAACCCUCGUUGCCUGUGCGCACACCCAAAUUUACCGACUGGGUCCGAGUGCGGCCAGGGCUCAGCGCUGCUUAUCGGGGGGAAGUCUGCUAUCGCAACGUGUUCCUGGCAGCAACGGGCGUUUUGAAACCUGCGCUUCUUUGAUAAUUGACGAGAUCUGGGGUAAAGGUAUUUCAGGCAUGUGCAGAUUGUAGUUUAGCUCAAUCGGUUGCCUCGUGUGUUCAGUGAACGCAGAGAUCUUUCUGAUCGCGUGGAUUGAAUCUUAAUCUCGACAAUAUAAAGCAACGAUAUCUUCGCUCGGAGUUAUAGUCGUGGCAUGGAAACAAUAGCCCGGUCAGCUAUCUCUGGGUAUUUAGUGCUAUCAUGGAGAGCCUCUCUAUUACGGGAGUUUUGCAAUCCAAUGAGACUCAAUCUGCGGUGAACGGUGCUGCUCCUGAAGAGUCACCGCUGCCGCAAAGUCAAUUGACUGAUGAGCCUACAAGCUUGGAGCGCGAAGACUACUGGAACGUAGUCUAUGAUCCAGACAUACAGCCGGAUCAGUAUGCGGGCGAGUCCACCGACUAUGAUAUCGAUAUAUACUGGGUCGACCGGCCGGCGGUUCUGCUUAAUCGGAACAAGCGCCUGAAGCGGAUCCGCCGUCGUCUGUUUGCAGACUACGAGCGCGAGCUGGAAUUGCGUUCGUCAGAGAUUGGCCCGAAUGAAAAGUUCCCAAAGUUUCUGGCAGACGAAAAGUGGGGGCUGAUCAGGUCUUAUAUUCCGGCGCGCGAUGGAUCGUCGUACAUCACUGAGCUGCCGACUGAGGUUCUCGAGACUGUUUUCCACAAGAUGUUUUAUCUGCUUGUUUUUGAUCAUUAUCGGAAGCCUGGAAUGGCAAAGGUUGCGUGUGUCAAUCGUGCGUUCAAUAGUCUGUUGCAACCUAUACUGUUCAAGUCGAUUGCGAUAGACAAUGUCGAGCUUUUGAAGGAACUGGCCUCUCUUAUAGCAGCUUGCCCUCACAUUGGACCGCUGAUCAAAGUGCUAAAACUGAAGUUCAGUUCGGCGUCCGAAAACGAGGCUCGAGAGAUCUCGCUUCUGCUGAGCAGGAUCGUGCAAGAGUCUCCUAAUCUCAAGACGAUCUCGGUGAUGAUGUCCAGCGGUCGUGAAGGACAUGAUCUGGUGAUUCCUUGCUUGAAUCGCGAGCUGCUGGGUGGGUACACGUGCAACGUCGUCAACCUGAACUUCAUCUUUGCAAACUAUACGAUGCCGUUCACCAAGUUUGCUCAAGGGUUUCAAAAUCUUAAAGUGCUGCAGAUCGGGCACGUUGAUAUGUCGCGGCUGGCGGUCAACAAAAAUGACUUGCGGAUCAGGCUGUCUAGCGUGGAGUACCUGCAACUGACGUCGCCUACAUUGGGGCAGUCUGCGGUGCAGCUUCUGGCUGCUGCACUCCCGCGGAUAAAAUCUGUAGAUGCGACAGCCGUGUCGGGCGGAAUCGUUGACUUGUUGUGUGCUAUCGCGGACAGAACCGAUACGCUGGAGAACGUCAAGCUCACGCGGUGUGCGGGUCAGGGGAUGAAAAACAGCUUUACGGAUAAGCUGUGGAUGACACUGAGAUCGGUCGAAAUGACUGGCUGCAGUAUGCUGUCGGCAAGGAUUCUCCCCACGUAUGAGGGGUGCAAGAUCCAUUGCUUGCCGAAACUAAAAAAGCUACGAAUUACUGCGGACAUCAAACUGCCGAUGAGCAAUGAGCGCUUCGACGAGCUGAUCGAGGCAGUCAACCGGCUGCCUGGUGUCGUUGGACAGCAGACCGCUCCGCUUGAACCUACAGGUGCCACGGCCGGCUCACGACGUACAGGUACAGCAGCGCCGGGAGUGGAUAUUGCGAUUGUCUGGGACAAUUGCGCGUUUGGCGACUCGUUCGGGUCCGCGGUCUCGAUGUCUCUUGCGCAGAGGUACGUGACGCUGCCGAAUUACAUGCACUACACGAUACUAGAGACAGUAGGGCCGGUGGACGAGCCGCGCACAGUGAAACGGAUGGAUGUGCAGACUGCGGAGAAGUUCUGUUUGGAUCUCGGGAUUCGGUUCAGACAGGCGACAGCGGCUGUGCUGGUCUGAAAGGGGAGGAGAAGGAGGACUGCUUGCAUUUAGAGUAGAAUUACGUUUACAGACCCUGGGAGUUUUGAUACAGUUGGGAGUUGCCCCUGCCUCCACACCAGGGAUGCAUUGCAGAGAAAGCAGCAUCAGCAGGCAUACCACUGGAUAUGUACACAUAGAAAUACUAGCUGAUUAUUCUCACUACAACUACAAUACACGUACACGGCGAAACAG